UGGUCCAUAGACUCCAUAGGCAUAAACAACGGAUACGGGAAGAUACGCAUGUGUGACGCAACAGCAGGUUGGUUGCUAUGCCAGCUGCGGGUCGAAAGCACAGUUUCCCGCGGUAGCUUCAGCUUCGGCCCCUUUAGCUACCAUCAGACGAAACCACAGUCUGGAUCUUGCUGUUGGCGUCAUCGUGACUGCCGGCCGGACGUGUCGUCGAAAGGAUGCGCGUUUAGUCACUGGCGUAGCUGUUAUCGCCUAUAAAGAAAAUGGUGAGCGGGGAGCCCGUCGAGGACUUGCGCUACCUCUUCGACUCGCUGUGUGUCGACGACGAAGGCUACGAGUCACCCGAUCACGACGAUGACGGCGACGCGAGUCCCACAGUGCGGCGUCGAGGACCCCUGCGUCGCGAUACAGUGCCCCGGCCGUGCCCGUAUCGCUAUGGCAGCGCCGACGACUGGAGCCCUCCGUCCGACUGCCGGCCUUCGUCGGUCGACUCGGCCGUCUCCCUGUCUCCGCCGGCAUCGAAUGAGACGAUACGCAGCACCUCGAGCAGCGGCGCUGAACUGGAUGACGGCGACCCGGAAAAACAGGCCAAAUUGGAGGCAAUAUUGAGAUUCCUACAUGAUGGCGAGCCCUCAUCCUUGCCUGUUUCGGUUGAAGAGAUCAACUGUCAGCCCCCACGAUUCAAGCCUAUCUUGCCUCGAGACAGUGUGUGCAGGGACACGGACCCUGUGAGCCCUCCUGCCAAGCACCCCAAUCCAAAAUGGCCGCAGCAGUCACGUCUGCGCAAGGCGCUGCCCCUGAUUGCCUGCAACUAUGCUGCUAGCAUUGUUGCAAAGCUGCAAGCCAACGGCACUCUAAUGGCUCGAGACUCAAAAGGCCGCACGCACGUGCAUGAAGCUGUGGCCUCUGGGAAUCUGGCACUGUUCUACAAGUUGGUGGCACGCCUUCUCCGCGACAAUGGCAGCAGGCUCCUUGAAUCGUGUGACCACGUUGGGCAGACAGCACUGCACUAUGCGUGCAUGCUACGGCAGGAACUCGUAGUGGGCGUGUUGUGCGAGGCAGGUGUACAGCGGGACGUGCGAGAUAAGGACGGUGCCACAGCCAUGCACCUGGCUGCAGAGCGAGGAGGCCAUUCCUGUGUUGAGCAGUUGCUGGCACCCCCGUGCCCUGGCUCAGUCAACGCCCAAGAUCUCAAAGGGCGCACACCGCUUCACCUGGCAGUUCUGUCCCAUGGAGGGAAACUGUGUACUGAAAGCAGCAAAGGCCAGCAGCCGACAUUUGAGAUAAUAAACAGCCACACAGUGGUCAAGCUGCUGGCCACCACCACCAAUGCCCAGCUGAACCUGCAGGACCGAGUGGGUGAGACUGCCCUGCACUAUGCCGCCCAGCACCACAAGGUUGACCUUGUCCAGCUUCUGCUGCUUAAUGCGGACAGUCCCAGCAGGCUGGUUUGCAUUGCCAACAAUGUGGGCGACACAGCGCUGCACAUGGCUUGCCGGUCCCCUGGCCAAGAGCAAGAACGGCUGGUGCGCCUUUUGAUGCACCAUGGUGCACCAGUAGAAGCACUGAACAAGGAAGGAAUGCGCCCCGUUGACCUGCUGCCCCCUGACCUACAGUCUGAGGUGGGCUUUCUGCUGGAUAUCUGAAGAGGGCCAAGCUCAGCUGGCUGCGCUGUGACUGGUUACGGGCCAGAUACCGCAUCUGUCAUCUCUCGUGCUUAUAACUGUGGUCCUUGCCAGAUCGCAUGUUGAAGUAAAAAGGUUGCAUCUGCAGCUGGCCCUCGGCUGACAAGAAGACUCAAUUUUUGACCUCGUCUGCAUGGAACAUUUACUGGUGCCUAAAACUCUUAGUUUGGAAGGGGCACUCACUCAGAAGCAUUACGAAGGUAGGAUUCAGAGUGCAGUAAACAUUUGCAUUUCUGAUGGGUUUGUCACAGUAAUUUAGGCCUACAGCUGCCUGAGCUGUUAUAUUGCUCUCCAAGAAGAAUCGUGCUACUUAGUGAAGGUUGCAGCACUCACUGACUCAAGCUGUGAAGGCAAAGCGCAACAAAGAUGGCUUGGUUUGUCAGAAGACUGCAAAUGAUUUCGAAUCGGUUCUGUGCUUCUUGACAGAUAUAAAUGUCUGAAACGUAAAGGUCGAAGGGAUAACCUGUAGAAGCUAGCUUCAAGCAUAGCAGGUAUGUGCCUUCUUGAAAUGCACUCGCCCCUAUCCUGCGACAAUGGGCCAUUGUUCAAAUGGUGCAUGUCUGGCAGUUGCAUUGACUGGACAGCCCAAGCACAUAUGUAUGGACCUGAGACACUGUACAAAGGAAACUUUUCCGCCAGUCAUCCUCUGCUGCUAAUUGAGGUGCCAUUUUUGUUGUUGAAAUGGCAGUGCUGCAUCUUGAGUACAUCAGCACUGCAUUUUUGGCAUUUGUUGUAAUCACCAUUGCUUAAGCGUCUCUCAUAUCACCUCUUAAGAAGUGCACUUGCCUGUCCAUUGGGAUGGCAUAUUAGCCAUGUUCAUUUGAGUGCUGUUCUCAAAGUGGGCGCAGAUGCCAGCUCGAAACGAUUCUCUCAUUUAGCUUAGUGGUGAGCAUCUUAGUUUUAGAUGAAGUGGACCAAGCAUAAACAUGCCCUCAUCACUUGUGUAUGUCCUAAUGUAUUGAUAGCAUCGCUGAGCUUAUUGCUUAUGAUUGUUCUUUAGCAUGGCUGGCUGCCCAGCAAGUGGUUCCUGAAACAUUCCUUCCUUCACCCCACACGCUUUGGUUUGCUUAUGGUCAGUGGCAGUGUACUCUGCUCACAAUAUUGUUGCCAUUAUGUAUCGUUUCGGGCUAUUACUUUGUGCUGCAAUCGCAUAAACCAGCUUUUCAUACUUUGAGCUAGCUGCAAGACAUAAGUGCAGAAAACAGUAGUUUGCUUGGGUGCAAAAAAAGCAGCCAAGAUGAUACCAUAAACAGAGUGGGUCCUUCCCACAUGACCAUCAUGUAUGUACAAACGAAUUUUUAAUGCUUUAGUGGGAUGUAUGUUGUAUCAACAAGACCAGCGCCUAUGAAGUGGACUGCUUGCUCUUAAAUCAUUGGCUCAUGUGUGGUGUCAAUUCUGUAAUGUACACAUUUAGUAUAGCAUCAUGCAUGUGCACUCAAAAGAGUUACAGCAGGCUGCUCAUUUCCUCAGGAAGGCGUUUAGCGAGGUGUUCUGCGUCUUUAUAGCUCUGUCUGGUAGGCUGGAAUCAAAGCACUUAUCACAGUGAUGUAAUUUAAAGCGUAAAAAUUCAAAACCAGGCAUCAUGUGCACCCAACAGCAAAAGUUUGUGGGACGCGAAAUUUUUAAGAAAGCUUUAUUGUCGCUUUAUCUGGAAAGAUAACCUCUAAAUAAAUGUUCCAGCCUGUAGUUGGUUCUGCAACCUAUGCAGUCACACGUUAGAUCAGAAGCGUUAUGCAACAGAGCAGAAUUUGCAUUUUUAGUGGAGCCAGCGCCCUGUAAACUUUUGCUGUCGGGUGUACACCUUUCACAAGUAUUUGUUAAUACAUAUUUAAAUCUCAAAGUGAUUAUACCAAGCAAGAACUGACAUUUUCAUUUGUUAAUUGUAGACGCAAUGAAAAGGAAAUGGCAAGAUUGAUUUGCUAGGAAGGGGAUGGCCUGUGUGGCAUGAUGUCACAUUUUAACUAUAAAAUCUGUGCAAUAUUUGCAAUGCUAUACCCAAAUUGUGGCGUGCCGAAGUAACUUGCAAGGCUUCACAUUGUGUUUUGCAGUGUGCAAAUUGGAUAUGCUAUUUGAUAAUGUGGGCAAAGGCCUCGCAUAUGCAUUAGUAAAGAUGUCUGUAUAUAAUGCCAAGUCAUUCACAUGAGGUGGUCCACAAGUUUUAAGGGGGUUACUUAAGCUCUAGCUUUUUGCUUUGAGUCUCUGUACAAAUGCUCCUAUGUUGUUGUAGCUGCCAUAUUUUGGCUGAGGUGUGGCCCUCUGGAAAAAAAUGAACAGCGCUGUUGUUUUGAUGCAAGUGCUGUAACUUGCAAAUGAAAGCCGUUGUAAAUGUUUGCAUUGUUGCAGUGAUUUUGAAAGCAUUAAAAUGGCAUGUUACAAUGUUAUUCCCUUUUAUAUAUAUAUAUAUAUAUAUAUAUAUAUAUAUAUAUAUAUAUAUAUAUAUACUUUAUAAGUUUUCUCUUAAAAUCUGUUCAACACAGAGCGUAAAGAAUGAGGCAGAAUUAUUUUGUUAGCACAAACAUCCUUGUAAGUUUUCCAGUGGGCGAAAUAUUACUUUGCUUCAAUUGUGGCAAACUUUAUAUGUUGUUUAACUGGGCAUUAUUAUUGCUAUUAUUUUUAAUCUGAUUGAGGAUGGUAGCAUCAUGGAUCUCUGUGAGAAUACUUUUUAUUAUUGUUCCUUUGUGAUGCUUUAGUGUUUGGAAUAAUGUGAGUUUUUUAUGUAGUG